CUCAUCUUACAAACAUACCUUUGAGGCGGGUGAUGACCUGCUGGCUAGUGGUAGUGGGCAGGUGAGCUAUUUCUAUGUCUCUAGAAUAGUAGUCACCACUAUGUGGUAUUUCUGAAGACCCUAGAAUAGUAGUCACCACUAUGUGGUAUUUCUAUGUCCCUAGAAUAGUAGUCACCACUAUGUGGCAUAUCUGUGUCCCUAGAAUAGUAGUCACCACUAUGUGGUAUUUCUAAUGUCCCUAGAAUAGUAGUCCACCACUGUGUGGUAUUUCUAUGUCCCUAGAAUAGUAAUCCACCACUAUGUGGUAUUUCUAAUGUCCCUAGAAUAGUAGUCCACCACUAUGUGGUAUUUCUAAUGUCCCUAGAAUAGUAAUCCACCACUAUGUGGUAUUUCUAAUGUCCCUAGAAUAGUAAUCCACCACUAUGUGGUAUUUCUAAUGUCCCUAGAAUAGUAAUCCACCACUAUGUGGUAUUUCUAAUGUCCCUAGAAUAGUAAUCCACCACUAUAUGGUAUUUCUAAUGUCCCUAGAAUAGUAGUCCACCACUAUGUGGUAUUUCUAAUGUCCCUAGAAUAGUAAUCCACCACUAUGUGGUAUUUCUAAUGUCCCUAGAAUAGUAAUCCACCACUAUGUGGUAUUUCUAAUGUCCCUAGAAUAGUAAUCCACCACUAUGUGGUAUUUCUAAUGUCCCUAGAAUAGUAAUCCACCACUAUAUGGUAUUUCUAAUGUCCCUAGAAUAGUAGUCCACCACUGUGAGUUCUUUAAUUCUGACAUGUCAUUUUUACCAGGCAAGUCAGUUAAGAACUAAUUCUUAUUUUCAAUGACAUCCUAGGAACAGUGGGUUACAGGCAUGCACGCUGCCCUGUUCAGGGGCAGAAUGACAGAUUUGUACCGUGGGGAUUUGAACUUGCAACCUUUCGGUUACUAGUCCAACACUCUAACCACUAGGCUACCCUGCCACACCAUGUUUACUAACUCUUAAAUCAGACAAUUACCUUGCAGUCCACACAGCUACUAUCUUCUAGUCCUCAUAGCUAGGUUAGUAAUGUCUGGUUAUGACGAUUACACACAUAACCAAUCAAUUAUGGAGAUAACUAUCAGACAUCACUACACUCUCUCUCUCACGCAUUUAUGUUCGGUGUGCAUGGUCCCCAUCCAUCAAAUCAUGUUUUUAUACUGUUUGAGAAACAAAUAAUGAACUGCAAUUAAGCCAUUUCAGUUGCCAGUUAUUGCGACUGUUGUCAGUCAUUUGCGGUGUGGAAAUAGAUAAGGCUUAUCUCUGUCACUGUGGCGAGUGGAGAUAUUCGGUUUGACCGAUGCCAUUAGAUGCGGAGUUUUCUGAGGUGCUUCAGCUGUGUCCUAUAUUGUACCGACUGAGAUGACCCACAUCCGUGCGCACGGCGACUGCCCAUAAACGAAUUAACUGUCUCUCUUCUGUUUCUUAUCUUCUCUCCCAUGUCCCUUUUCUUCCGCUUGCUCUGUUGCUCCUUACGGGAAAAUCCACUCAGAAAUGGUCGUUAAGCAUCAUACGGCGCAUUUUGCAUCGUCGUGAGGAUGUGGCAAGUGACAAUUUGAUUUUUGAAAGUCCUAUAUCUUGACAAUUCUGACAGGGAGAACACUUUAGGAAUUUAUCAACAGUGGACUAAUGAAAAAAUGGAUUUGUCCUUCAACGCAGCUCUCUCUCUCUUUCGCGCAAUUCGCCCGUUGUAUCGGGGUGGAUGACGCGGCACCCAUACCUGUGCUGUGUGCUUCUUGUGCCGGCUGGGCGUGCAGCCUGGGGAAGGAAGGGUGAUGGGGAUGCGGCUGCCAUGGUAACACGUCGAUUAGAUUCAGACCUUUGCGUGUAUUUAUUUAUUUAAUAUUUCAGUUGCGUGCGUGCGUGCGUGCCUGAGAGGUGACGGGCGUUUUGGAAGUCAGCCUGCAAUCGGAAUCAGAAUAGUAAGACUGGUGUCGCGUUCCUUUUGAGUUAUGAUUGGCCAUAGAAUUGCCUAUUUAAAUAUUUGGCUAUUCCUUCUCAAGCUCAACAAGUUAUUCCGGUUGGAACAGGACUUCAUGAAUAUAAUUCAUUCAAGUGCACUUCAUUUCCUUGCAUGGUUUUAUUCAUCAAGAUUCGUUAAAAACAUCUAAAUGAAACGAAGGUUUUGUUAAUCGUAAAUUAAUAGGAUGGGCUCCAAAGAUGUCGCUGUAACGGUCCAAGGAUGUCAUUGGGAGUGACUGGAGAAGUGGAAGAGGAGGGGAAACGCGUCUGAAAUAGCAGAACAUUUAUCCGGGCGGGUUUGGAGACGUCACAUAUUCUGCACUUGCCCAGGUUGUCUGUUCUGUUUGUGUGUUUCCGAACUGAAUUCCGAAAAUAACCCUAAUGCUGACGCUAACAGCUUGUCUGGUUUUACGUGCCCGGACAAAGGGAAUAUUAGGCGAAUGUGGACUAAAUUGGGGGUACCACCACUUGCAUAUGUACUCUUGCUUAUUUUCGUGUCUUUGUGUGUGUAUCUUUGUCUGAAAGCGUGUUUCAGUAUAAAUCGGUGCGUUGGUGAGUCAGACUGUGUGCAAGUGUCUGUCUGUGUGUGUCUCGUGCCCGUUUGUGUCCGUUAAAACAAACCGACCCGUGCUGAUGAGUCUCACGUGUACUUGUCAUUAUAGGUAGCCAACCACCCAAAACUACCACCUCUCAUCCACUGUCAAGAUGAACUCUUACAGAAUACUACCAUGUGUCGAUGAGAGCAAGAGGGAGACAUAUCCUUGACAACCAGAGAGGGAGGGUCAAAGAGCGACCUGCGUCAUUAUCCCUGAGAGAGAGACCAGGAAUUAGGUGCCAAUAUGCCUGGUGUGGAAACUCUGAGGGCGUCAGUAGAAAGGAGAAGGUGUGCCUCAGGCCAGGAGAACAAGGGAGGAUGGAGAGAUCUCGAUGAAGAAAAGCGAGCUGGGGAAAGGAGGAGAUAAGAGAAAGCACUGCCAGCAUAUUUUUGGAGUGACAAAUCUAUUGUUUUUACGUGGCAAACACCCAGAGGUGGGGUUAGGAUGCACAGGUCAGUGGAGAGGAGACAGAUCACUACAAGCCAUUGGAGAUUAUAAAAACUUGAGGUCAACUAUUUAAUCACCACCUUUCUCUUUCCCCAGACAGUCUUAGCUAGUAGCCUGUUAUUAGGCUCCUAGUUUAACAUUGACAGGACAUAUUGUCCCGUUUUGACAAUCUGUUUCCAGAGUGAGAGUGACAGGUUAUAUUGAUCUCCCUUUGUCCCCCUUCUCCCUGGUUAGGGGAUGGAUGGGGUGGCGGGAGGUGUUGGGCCCCCUGGCGUGGGUGAGGGUCGGCCGGGUCGUAGUGGAGGAGACUCUAAAAGGCGCAGUAAGGGCAGCCUGCCCUCCCCAGGGUACCGUCUCUCCCAGGCAUCGCUGGAGGGUGACAGGUCAGGGGUCGAGGGGUCCGGUUCCGGAGGGGGGCGACGGCGCCUCUCCAUCUUGAGUGCCACCAGAGACGGCCUCCCCUUCCAUUCAGCUGUCACCCCGACCACCCCUGUCCCCCUGCCCCCUCCUCCAGCCCCCUUCUCCUCCACCCAGCAGCGUUCUGUUGGCUUUUCCUCGUCACGCGCCGCCCUUGCCUCCACUUCCUCCUCCACCGGCACCGGAGUGGUCGUUGUAGCGUUGGGCCCGGAAACCACGACAAACACGGCUUGUAACACCGUGGCGGGCACGCCGGAGAUGGGGAGUCUGUCUGGGACGGGGGGCAUGGGGGGGUUUGGGAUGGGUCUAGACUGGGAGGACUACAGCUACUCCAACCAGUCCACCUUCAUCCAGAGACAGUUUGGAGCCAUGCUGCAGCCGGGGGUCAACAAGUUCAGCCUGCGCAUGUUUGGGUCCCACAAGGCUGUGGCCAUGGAGCAGGAGAGACUCAAAUCAGCAGGGGAGUGGAUCAUACACCCCUACAGCGACUUCAGGUUCUACUGGGAUCUGAUCAUGUUGUGUUUGAUGAUGGGGAACCUGAUCAUCCUGCCAGUAGGAAUCACCUUCUUUAAGGAUGAGAACACUCCUCCCUGGAUCAUCUUCAACGUGGUCUCUGAUACUCUCUUCCUGGUUGACCUGGUCCUCAACUUCAGGACUGGUAUCGUCAAGGAGGACAGCACUGAGAUACUGCUAGACCCCAAGGCUAUCCGUCAGCGCUACCUAAAGAGCUGGUUUGCGGUGGACUUUGUGUCGUCCAUCCCUGUGGACUAUAUCUUCCUGAUGGUGGACUUGGAGGCCCGGCUGGACUCAGAGGUUUACAGGACGGCCAGGGCCCUCCGCAUCGUACGCUUCACCAAGAUCCUCAGCCUGCUGCGCCUGCUGCGCCUGUCACGACUCAUACGCUACAUCCACCAGUGGGAGGAGAUCUUCCAUAUGACCUAUGACCUGGCCAGUGCCAUGGUGAGGAUAGUCAACCUGAUAGGCAUGAUGCUGCUGCUGUGCCACUGGGACGGAUGUCUACAGUUCCUGGUUCCCAUGCUGCAGGACUUCCCCCUGGACUGCUGGGUCUCCAAGAAUAACAUGGUGAAUGAUACUUGGGGGAUCCAGUACUCCUAUGCCCUUUUCAAGGCGAUGAGCCACAUGUUGUGUAUUGGCUACGGUGCCCAGGCUCCAGAGGGCAUGACAGACGUGUGGCUCACCAUGCUCAGUAUGAUCAUUGGUGCCACCUGCUAUGCCAUGUUCAUCGGCCAUGCCACCGCUCUCAUACAGUCCCUGGACUCCUCAAGACGACAGUACCAGGAGAAAUAUAAGCAGGUGGAGCAGUACAUGUCGUUCCAUAAGCUCCCUGCAGAUGUCCGUCAGAGGAUUCAUGAGUACUAUGAGCAUCGCUUCCAGGGCAAGAUGUUUGACGAGGAGAACAUACUGGGUGAACUCAGCGAACCACUAAAGGAGGCGAUAGUUAGCUUUAACUGCCGUAGCCUGGUGGCUCACAUGCCGCUGUUUGCUAACGCGGACCCUAACUUUGUGACGGCAGUGCUGACCAAGCUUCGCUUCGAGGUGUUCCAGCCCAAUGACUUCAUCAUCCGUGAGGGCACGGUGGGACGCAAGAUGUACUUCAUUCAACACGGACGAGUCGGCAUACUCACCCGCGGAAACAAGGAGACCAAACUCAGUGACGGGUCCUACUUUGGGGAGAUCUGUCUGUUGACUCGGGGCCGGAGGACGGCGAGCGUCAGAGCAGAUACAUACUGUCGUCUCUACUCCCUCAGUGUGGACAGUUUCAACGAGGUCCUGGAAGAACACCCUAUGAUGAGGCGGGCCUUCGAGACGGUGGCCGUCGACCGGUUGGACCGCAUCGGUAGGAAGAACUCUAUCCUGAUGAGGAAGCCGUCCCAGGCGGGUUCCAUGGCAGGGGGCAGCGGUUUGGGGCGUGGGGGUCGAGGAGGAGGGGGGGCGGGGCUAGGCAUGGGGGGGCUGGGCUCCUGUGACAGCAUGCUGGUUCAGCAGAUUGUUAAACACGACAGCAUGCCAGCCAUGCAGGAGGCCAUCGCUGCUGCCGCUGCAGGAAGGGGAGGGGCCACGGGAGGAAGUGGUACGGUCUCCCCUAGGCCCCACCCACUGAUCUGGGCUCCACUGAUCCACGCUCCGCUCCAGACGGCGGCCGCUACGACUAACGUGGCCAUCGCCCUCAUGCACCAGCAGCAGCAGCAACAGCAGCUUCAACAGCAGCUACAGCAGCAACAUGCGCUAGGAGCCUCCUCUGUCUCCACGUCAGUCCAAUUAGGAAAGACCCUGCACUACAGUCUCCGCCUCUACCCGGAACACUCUUCAGUGAUGUGUGGAACCCCAGGAAUCCCCAAGGUAGGAGGGGCCACCACACCCCAUCUGUUCUACCACGUGAAUCCAACUGCAGCCACCAGUGUCAUGUCAGACACUUGCAGUUCCAUGGCUGGCCAGCAUGGAGCCAAGGAGGCGCUAUUGCGUCACGGAGGCAGCAGCAACCAGGGCCUGCCUGCACUUGGGAGGCUCACCCAGGAGGCCAGGCUCCUCUCCGCCUCGCAGCCCACCCUGCCUCAUCGAUCCUGGGCAAGCAUGCAGCCUCACCCCCCUCUCGAGCGGAAGGCCUCUGGAGAGCCAAACCCUAACUGCAACCCCCACCCCAGCCCCCACCCCAGCCCCCACCCCAGCCUCCACUCCCACCCCAGCCCCCACCCCAGCCCCCACCCCAGCCUCCACUCCCACCCCAGCCCCCACCCCAGCCUCCACCCCAGCCUACACUCCCACCCCAGCCUCCACUCCCACCCCAGCCUCCACCCCACCCUCCCUCCCACCCCAGCCCCCACCCCAGCCUCCACCCCACCCUCCACUCCCACCCCAGCCCCCACCCAGCCUUCACUCCCACCCCAGCCUCCCUCCCACCCCAGCCUCCACUCCCACCCCAGCCCCCACCCCAGCCUCCACUCCCACCCCAGCCCCCACCCCAGCCUCCACUCCCACCCCAGCCCCCACCCCAGCCUCCACUCCCACCCCAGCCCCCACCCCAGCCUCCACUCCCACCCCAGCCUCCACUCCCACCCUAGCUCCAACCUCAACCUUGAUUCCCACCCCGUCUUCCAGUAA